AUGGACUCCUUCAUCAACGCUGGCAAGGACUUUCUUGCCAAGAACAGCCAAAACAGCAACAAUAACAACAGCAACAGCAACAACAGCGGCGGCAACAGCGGCAGCAACAACCAGAGCAGCGGCAGUGGUGGCAACGACCUCUUCAGCAGCGUCCUCAGCUCCCUCACACACAAGGAGGAUGACCUGAAGCAGGGCGACGUCGAUGAGAAGGACGCCGCCGACAAGCACGACCAGGUCUACAACAAGGGCGACAACAACACCAGCGUCAACGCCAUGGGCACCGCCGCCGCCAUGCAGGCCCUCAAGAAGUUCACCUCGGGCGGCCAAGAGGAAAAGGGCGGCAAAAACGACUUUAUCAGUCUUGCCAUGGGCGAAGCCAGCAAGCUCUUCGACUCCAAGGCGGCCGACGGCAGCGUUGCCAGCGGCGCCGACAAGCAGUCCGUCAUCCAAAAGGCGGCCGAGGUGGCCAUGAAGCUCUACUUCAAGUCGCAGGUGGAGAAGCAGGGCGGCGGUCUUGGCGGCCUCGCCAGCAUGGCCUCGCAGUUUAUCAAAUAA